ACACAAACAGUUCCCCGUUUGAAAACAGGGGAUGCGCACUCAUUGGCUAGCAGUCCUGUGCAGGCGCCACACAUCAGCCAAUCACAAGCUUCUGCACACUGACGCCAUCCUAAGAUGCUUUAAAAGCAGCUGUGUUGCACACACUGUUACACUCGUAUUCUACAGUGAUAAGACUGCAGCAAUGGCAAGAACUAAGCAGACUGCUCGUAAAUCCACCGGUGGUAAAGCCCCGAGGAAGCAGCUCGCUACUAAAGCCGCCCGGAAGAGCGCACCAGCCACCGGCGGCGUCAAGAAGCCCCACCGUUACAGGCCCGGGACCGUGGCUCUCCGAGAGAUCCGUCGUUAUCAGAAGUCCACCGAGCUGCUGAUCCGCAAACUGCCUUUCCAGCGUCUGGUGCGAGAGAUCGCUCAGGAUUUCAAGACGGACCUGCGCUUCCAGAGCUCCGCUGUCAUGGCCCUGCAGGAGUCCAGCGAGGCUUAUCUGGUCGGUCUGUUCGAGGACACCAACCUGUGCGCCAUCCACGCUAAGAGAGUCACCAUCAUGCCCAAAGACAUCCAGCUGGCCCGCCGCAUCCGCGGAGAGCGCGCUUAAACCCGCCGCUGCAUCAGCCGCGUCACACCCCAAAGGCUCUUUUAAGAGCCACCUACAUCACUCUCAAUGAGACCGUUUCCAUUAUAACUCCUAAUAUGAAACAUCGAAAACAACAACACCUUAAUAUUUGAAGAAUAUUCAGCUUGGCAUUAAACUUUACGUGUUUGAAGCUUUAUAUCAUCGUUACUUUUAAGAAUAAUCACAGGGGAAACAGCAGGUGUGUUAACAAUUUUUAACCCUGUUGUGUAAG